CCGUACUGUUGAAGCGGUGCUGACUGAUGUCUAAAGAUGGCAGAGCUAACAACACUGGAGAGCCUGCUGGAGAUGGGCUUUGACAGGAACAGAGCGGAGAAGGCGGUGGCCAACACAGGGAACCAGGGAAUAGAACAAGCCAUGGACUGGUUAAUGGAGCAUGAGAAUGACCCAGACAUUGAUGAGCCCUACGUACCGCUUGUGGGGAAUGUCCAGGGAGGAAGAGCAGAUGGCCAAUCUGGCACAGAAGAGCCAACACUAGGAGACACCGCUACAGGGACAGCAGGUGGAGACGGCAGCCUUAUGAAUGACGAGAGUGGAGGUCAGCUGAUGACAGAGGAAGAAAAACUUGAGCAAGUCAAAAGGUUAGAGGAACUGAUGCGAGUGAAGCAGGCGGAGAGACGAGAGCGAGAGCGAGCAGAAGAGCUGGAGAGGGAGAAGCAGAGGAGGAGGCAGGGCCAAGAACUGCAGCAGAUCCGCCAAAAGCUGCAGGAUGAUGAUAUGAAGAAACUCGCUGAUCAGCGCAGAAAAGAGAAGAUGGAAGACAAAAUGGCCCGGCAAAGGGUUAAAGAAAAGAUUGCACGCGACAGAGAGGAGAGAGCACAGAAGUUCGGAGGGGGUGGAUCCUCUAGCACGGCCGCUUCAUCCCAGCCCACCCAGCCGAGCCCGUCAUCGCCCACCAGUCAGGGUCCCCCGCCCACUAAGAAGGAAUAUGAAGAGUGCAGGAUACAGGUCCGUCUGCUGGAUGGCUCAACCAUCAACACGGUUUUUAAGGCCCAGGAGCCACUGGCUGCAGUGCGCGUGUACGUACAGAUGAAUGGCAACACACCUGAAGGUCAGGACUUCACGCUGCUGUCACCCUACCCCCGUCACGUCUACACUGAACUGGACAUGGAGAAGCCCCUUAAAGAGCUGGGUUUGGUGCCUUCGGCUGUGCUGGUUGUUAUCAAAAAGUGAGAUCAGGAGAAUCUGCUCUGUGAGCCUACCUCACCACCUCCACUACAUCAUCACCUGAGACACCAGAAACAGACUGACCCAGCAAUGGCACUCGCAGCUUCAGUAUCAUUCAGAAAGCCAGCUAACUGAACCAAAGCAGUGAGGCUGUGUAGUCACUCUUAAAAUCUAGUUACAAAGACGUUAUGAAGAAACACGGUUUGGCUUUUUUUUAAGACCAACUGCCUGAAUGAAGCCCCCUUGCCAUUCUGGGUGGAUUGAUUUCACUGGAUAUUGAUUUGGUUGGUUAGUGUGCAGUGGGUUUGACAGUGACUUUUACUAAUUCAAGAGUGUAGUGAGGAUAGCUGGCAUCUGAGUGAUACUGCCUGGAGGAGCACAGCUCAUGGUUUCAACACAUUUAUAAAGACAAUACAGAACAAAGUUGUUCAAUUUUAACCUGAUCCUUACAUAGCAAAGUACCACAGACGAUCUACUCUAUUGGUUCUUAACAGGCCUUACAUUUAAUCCCCACAAUCUUCCUGAUUUUGUGACAUUCUACUUUGCCAGUUUUUUUUAUAAGUUAAAAUAUAUUGACAGUUAUGUCUGCAUAAUCACCAAGAAUCUACUUCAAAUAAAGCUGAUUUGGAGAAUUGU